CUGCCACUACCUUGUCUUCCUGUUCCGGAUUACUUGUUUUCCUUUUUCUUUUUCUCUAUUGUGUGUGUAUAUAUUUGUAAGGUCUGUAUUGCUGUCAUGAAUUUGGGUAAAUGGAUGUCGUGGAGAAAGCGUAACUUUUUCAGAAGAAAAGGAAAGCAUGAAAGUAGCCUCGAUUUAGAUGAGCACGACGCAGUGCAGAAGAAAACGUUCACCAAAUGGAUAAAUGCACAAUUCUCCAAGACAGGGAAGACGCCCAUCAAAGACAUGUUCACCGAUUUGAGAGACGGGAGGAAGCUGCUGGACCUUCUGGAGGGUCUCACUGGCAGUGUCCUGAGCAAAGAGCGAGGUUCCACCAGAGUGCACUCUCUGAACAACGUCAACAAAGUACUUCAAGUCCUACAUCAAAACAAUGUGGAUCUGGUAAACAUAGGAGGGACAGAUAUUGUGGAUGGGAACCACAAGCUGACCUUGGGCCUCAUCUGGAGUAUUAUCCUUCAUUGGCAGGUGAAAGACGUCAUGAAGGAUGUUAUGUCCAACCUACAGCAGACCAACAGUGAAAAGCUCUUACUGAGUUGGGUACGACAGUGCACCCGCUCUUACCCGCAAAUCAAUGUGUUGAAUUUCACCACCAGCUGGGUGGAUGGCCUAGCUCUAAACGGCAUACUUCACCACUUCAGGCCAGACGCUUUUAGCUGGGAUAAGGUGGUCACGAUGAACCCUGUGCAGAGACUGGACCACGCCUUCACUUUCGCCAAAGACCAGCUGGGUAUUGAGAAGCUGCUGGAUCCUGAAGACGUGGCAGUGCAAGUACCAGAUAAGAAGUCCAUCCUCAUGUAUAUAACAUCGCUUUUUGCCGUGCUGCCUAAAGACGUGAGCAUGGAGGCCAUCAAAGAAGUGGAGACCCUCCCACGCAAAUAUAAAGUGGAGUCAGAAGACUCAGGUCCAGGACUCGGUGCCCAGACUGUACAGACAGAGGAGGCAGGCAGCAGUCCCCGGCCCGAGACCCCCAGCACCAUGACGGAGUCAGAGGGUGAGAUGAAGGGCGGCCUGCUGGAGGGGGACCUUGACACCUACCAGACUACGCUAGAGGAGGUUCUGACUUGGCUGCUGAUGGCUGAGGAUGAUCUACAGGGUCAGGACGACGUCUCGGACGAUGUGGAAGAAGUCAAAGAGCAGUUUCACACACAUGAGACAUUUAUGAUGAAACUGACAGCGCGUCAGAGCAGUGUGGGUUAUGUGCUGCAAGCGGGUAACCAACUGAUUGCUCAAGGCAACCUAACAGAUGAGGAAGAAGAUGAAAUCCGGGAACAGAUGACCCUCCUCAACGCCCGCUGGGAGGCUCUUAGAGUGGAAAGCAUGGACCGUCAGGCCAGGCUCCAUGAAGUCCUGAUGGAUCUUCAGCAGCAGCAGCUGCAGCAGCUUUCUGACUGGCUGACACAGACAGAGGAGCGAAUCAGGAGGAUAGAGACACAGCCAGCAGCAAAGGACAUGGAGGCCUAUAAAGAACAGAUAGAGCAACACAAAGAACUCCAGAAUGACUUGGAGGCGGAGCAAGUAAAGGUCAAUUCUUUAACACACAUGGUGGUCGUGGUGGAUGAGAAUAGCGGUGAGAGUGCCACUGCUGCCCUGGAGGAGCAAUUACAAUCUUUGGGUGAACGUUGGGGAGCCGUGUGCCGCUGGACUGAGGAAAGGUGGCACAAGUUGCAGGAAGUCUUUAUGGUUUGGCAACAGCUUCUAUCAGACCAGAGCUUGUUUAGUAUAUGGUUGGUUGAAAAAGAGGAGGCCUUGAAUGAAGUAAAGACGAGCAACUUUAAAGACUCCAGUGAAAUCAAUAUGAACGUGCGCCAGUUAGCUAUUUUAAAGGAAGACAUGGAAAAGAAAAGGAGGGCUCUGGACAAGCUGUCUGAUGCAGGACAGGAUGUGAUUCAGCUGCUGCGAAGUCCUGAGGCAGGAGCGAAGAUCGAGGCAGACACAGAGGAGCUGACACAGCGAUGGGACAGCUUGGUGCAGAAGUUAGAAGACUGCUCGUUUCAGCUAAUGGAAGCUGUGACGGAUGCUGGGAUGACUCAGGUGGAAGAACAGGUCGUCGUGGAUACAGUUGCCGUGGAUUCGGUCACUUCAAUUGACGAUCAGGACCUGGCCCCACCUGCUCCCCCAAAGAAACGUCUGAUGGAGACGGAUGCAGAAGUCAUAAGAAUGUUUGAAAACAAAAUUUCUGAGCUUUUGAGCUGGAUAAAAACGUGGAAGAUAUCCACUCAGGCACUGGCCACCACACAUCCUGAGACUGCACCUGAUACUCCAGACCUUCAGGAGAAUCUAAAGGAUUUGGAAGCAGAACUUAAAGCAAAAGAAGCCACAGUGAGUCAGAUGAUCCAGGGGGGAAGAGCCCUGAUGGACCAGCUAGAGAGAGAGGCUGUGAGUGUGGAUCUGGUGAGGGCAAACAUAGAGCAGCUCCAGACUGAAUGGGAUGUCUGUGCGAGGGAGCUACAGGCAGCCCGUGAGCGGGUUCACACGCAGACGCGGCUGAGAGCGGUUUCUAAUGAACUUGCAGGCUUGGACCGGGUCUUGCAGGAACAGGACCAGUGGCUGGACUCGACCGCGCCUGUAGAAAAGUGCAACAAGAUGGAGCUCGGAAACCUGAAGGGGGAAUGCCAGUCUCGAAUCGCUCAGGUCACCGCCUUCAGUCCACGACUGGAGCAGCUGUCUGCAGAGGCAGGGUCAAUGGGAGCCCUGCCUUCUCUAAAAGACAACAUGGUGGUGGUUUCUGCACAUCAUGCCUCCACCCUGCAGAAGCUGCAGAGCAGAGAAAAGGAAGUCAAUGAAGCCCUGGCUAAUCUGGAAGCCACGCAGCUGGUACAGUCUGUGGUGGAGGGUCUAGAAGCCAGACUGGCCACCCUGAGGAACGGGAUGGUUGACAUGCCUACAACACAAGAGGCAGUGGAGCGGGCACAGGUCCUGUGUCUGGAUAUUGAGCAAACACAGCAAGCCUCUGACCCUGCAGAACUACAAAAAUGGAGUCAGCUGUCCUCCCGGGCCCGUGAGGAGCUUGGCACUUUGCAGUGCAUUCUGGGUAGCAUGAAGGACAAUCAGGUUUGUUUGGAGCAAGUGGAACGUUGGCUAGAUGCAGUUCAGGAGCUGUUGUCUCGGGAUGCCACAGGGAUGGGUGACACAGAGAGUCUAAGGGAAGAACUGAAUCAGUGCAAGGAGCAUGUGAAUGAGAUGGAGCAGGUGGAAGGUUCACUGAAGCAGAUGGGAGAGAAUGUGAAUUCGGUACAGGCAGCUGCAGUACCAGGACUGGCCAGGUGGGGGCAGGACAAAUUGGAUGAGUGCCAGGCUCGGUGGACUUCUCUCAGCAAACAGUUGCUGAGCCAUCAGGAGCGCGUGGCAGAGAGUCAGGAGAAGCAUGUGAAUUUGAGGAAAGACCUGGCAGAGAUGCAGGAGUGGAUGGCCCAAGUUGACGAGGAGUUUCUCAUGAGGGAUUUUGAAUACAAAAGUCCAGAGGAGCUGGAGGCAUCGCUGGAAGAGAUGAAGCGGGCUAAAGAGGAUGUGGUACAGAAAGAGGUGAAAGUGAAGAUCCUGAAAGACAGCAUCAACUUGCUGGUGUCCCGAACAUCACCCACAGGUGGAGGCAGCAGGCAAGAACUGACCUCAGAGCUAGAGGGGGUACUAGCCAACUACCACAAGCUCUGUGACCGCCUCAAGAGCAAGUGUCACACCCUGGAGGAGGUUUGGUCUUGUUGGAUGGAGCUGCUUCAAUACCUGGACAUGGAGCAGAGCUGGCUCAACACUCUGGAGGAGAAGCUCCAAGCUACUGAAAACCUGCCAGAGCGCACCGAGGCCGUUAAUGAAGCCUUGGAGUCUUUGGAGGGUGUGCUCCGCCACCCUGGGGACAACCGGACACAAAUCAGAGAGCUGGGUCAGACGCUGAUAGACGGGGGCAUACUUGAUGAGCUCAUUAGUGAAAAACUAGAGGCCUUUAAUUCCCGCUAUGAGCAACUGAACCACCAGGCAGUGAACCGGCAGAUCAGCCUCGAGCAGCAGCUGCAGACACUGAGAGAAAACGAACAGGUGCUCCAAGCGCUGCAGGAGUCUCUGAGCCAGCUGGACCACACGCUCACCUCCUACCUCACUGAUCGCAUAGACGCCUUCCAGCUUCCACAGGAAGCACAGACUAUUGGAGCAGAGAUCGCAGCUCACGAGGUGACAGUGGAAGAGAUGAGGAGAAGAAAUGUGGCCAACUUGCCUCCUAACACCGCUGAUGGCAAAGCUGGCCGUAGUGGGACAAUGCUGGAUCACCUACAGAGGAAACUGAGGGAGAUCUCCACAAAAUAUCAGCUUUUCCAGAAGCCUGCUAACUUUGAGCAGCGCAUGCUGGACUGUAAGAGGGUCCUGGAUGGUGCUAAAGCUGAGCUUCACAUCCUGGAUGUUAAAGAUGUGGAACCGGAAAAAAUUCAGUCUCAUCUUGCUGGUUGUUUGAAAUUGUACAAGUUGCUGAGUGAGGUGAAGCUGGAGGUGGAGACGGUGAUAAAAACAGGCCGCCAGAUUGUGCAGAAACAGCAGACAGAGAACCCCAAGGCCAUGGACGAGCAGCUUACUGCUCUUAAAUUGCUCUACAAUGAACUCGGGGCGCAGGUAACAGAGGGCAAACAGGACCUGGAAAAAGCUUUGUCUCUAUCCCAAAAGUUCCAGAAGGAAAGUGCUGUCCUGCAGGACUGGCUGAACACAAACGAGGCCGAGCUCCAGCAGAAAAAUGGCUGCGGAGACAUGCCAGCUGACAUUGACGCUGAGAUUGCAUGGGCUAAUGGUCUGCUGAAGGAGUCGGAGCGUCGGAAGGCGGAGCUAUCUGGCCUGACGGAGAUCAGCGCUGGUUUGCAGACUCUGGUGGAGGGAAGUGACGCUCAGCUGGAGGACAAACUCUGUGGUCUUAAUGAAGCCUGGGAACGUGUUCACACUUUGACUGAGGACUGGCUUAGCACUGUUCUUAGUCACCAGAAUGAGGUGGAAAUUUUGGAUGAAAACUUGGCUCACAUCAGCACCUGGCUCUACCAGACCCAGAUCCACCUGGAUGAGGCUGAACGGCUGGCUCCAGCAGAAAGAGAAAAAGUAAUAAAGAGCAUGCUGGAGGAGCUGGAGGAUAUCGGUCUGCGCGUGGACAACGUCAGGGAUCAAGCUGUCAUCCUGAUGACCAGCAGGGGGCCCGCAUGUCGAGAUGUGGUGGAGCCCAAACUGGCUGAGCUUAACUGCAACUUUGACAAAGUCUCCCAGCACAUAAAAACAGCCAAGAUGCUGACGAGUCUGGAGUCAGGCACUGCUGAGGUGAACCAGCAGGUAAACACCUUGGAUGAUGAUAAGAUGGAUGAGGAAAAAGCCAGUGUGGAGGACUUGCUGAGAAGAGGAGAAGAACUGCUGCAGCAAACUUCAGAUGAGGGCCAGAGGGAGGAGCUGAGACUUCUGUUGCUCCGGCUGCAAAGUCAAUACUCUGCUCACAGGGAGCUUAAGGUGCUGCAAAUCAGGCGAGCCGAAGUCUCCGUGCAAACGUCGUCUUCUCACACCUUCAGAGAGGAGACAGCUGAGUUUACAGCUGAGGAGAUGUCUGCAGUGGGGCGUAGCACUGCUCCUUCGCUGACUCCAUCUGACUACCUUUUAGACAUCAAUAAAGUUCUUCUCGCCAUGGCUGACAACGAGUUGCUGCUGAACUCCUCUGAGCUCAGCGGGGGCCUUUAUGAAGACUUUUCUAGCCAGGAAGACACACUGAGAAAUAUCAAAGACAAUCUGGAGCGUCUGAGCGAGCAGGUCACAGGGAUCCACGAGCGCCAGCCUGACGCCAUCCGGGACGCUUCGCCUGCUGAGGUGGCGCAAAUGGCAGACGCCCUGACACAGCUCAAUGCCGAGUGGGACCGCCUCAACCGCAUGUACAACCAGAGGAAAGGGAGUUUCGACCGUGCUGUAGAGGAGUGGGGGCAGUUUCACUGUGACUUGAAAGACAUCAGUCAGUGGCUGACUGACACAGAAAACCUGCUGUCUGAGAGCGUUAGCCCUGAUGGACAGCUGGACCUGGAAUCUGCACGACAAUACCAAGAGGAGUUGGAAGAAGGCAUUGCCAGUCAUAAGCCCGUCCUGGUUGGACUCAGCCACACUGGAGAGCAGAUAAUUGGCAAGCUCUCCUCUCCUGAUGGGCCCCUGCUUGAAGAGAAGCUGGAAACUCUGGGUCGGCGUUGGAGAGCGGUAAACCGCCAAGUCCUAGACAGACAGCGGAGGUUGGCUGGAGGGGAUCCGGCCCUGUCAGAGCUGGUGAGGAGGCGCGAGGAGCUCGCUGUGUGGCUCGAGCAGGCAGAAAACGCUGUUAGCUCCCUGCCUGUCACUGCCACUGACAGAAAUCUCAAAGAACUGAAGGCCCUUGCUGAGGAAAUGGAUUUACAGAACGAGCGUCUUGGCUGGCUUAACAAGCACGCUCCUCAGAUCCUGUCCAGUCCCAGUGUUAGCCCGCAGAACAGAGAACAGCAUGUUGCCAAACUCAGAGGCAUAAACCUCAACUGGAGCAAGGUGACCAAUGAGCUGUUGGACAAAGUGGGUGAAGUGGAGACCAACCUGCAAAGUCACGCCCAGUUUCAAGAUAGGAUGAACAGACUGACUGACUGGGCCGUCAUCACGCACCAGACGGUCACGACCCGCGGCCUGAAUCCUGGCCAGGCACUGGAUCUGGAGGCUUCCAUGAAGGACAGAAAGAAGGAGCUGGAGGACCUGUUAGCUCAUUCAAUAGAGCUGCAGAGACGACAGCAGCUGUUGCCUCAAGAAAAGGCUAAGGUUGAGCAGCUGGCAGCUGACUGGAAAGCCUUGGAUGGCCGGCUGAGGGAAUCUCUUGAGCCACCUCUGUCUCCAUGGACACAUCACCAACAUGUAGUCCAACACCAGCAGCUGGUGUCUGCCGUCCCUUCAGCCGUGCAGAUGGCCAGCUUGGUGAGUGAGGACCCACACCACCAAACCCCGCACACACCGGACACCGUGGCGCCCACUGAUCUUAACGAGACUGCCACUGAGCUUGCAGACUGGCUAGUCCUCAUCACCCAGAUGCUCAAGUCUAAUAUUGUCACUGUGGGGGACACGCAGGAGAUCAGGACCACUAUGGGACGUCUUCAGGUGACAAAGAAUGACCUGGAGCAGCGUCACCCUCAGCUAGAGGACAUUUUCACACUGGCGCAGAACAUCAAAAACAAAACCUCCAACCUUGAUGUUCGCACAUCCAUUACUGAGAAAUUGGAGAAGGUGCGCAGCCAGUGGGACAGCACUCAGCAUGGUGUCGAGGCACGGCUCCAGCAGCUGGAUAAUAUGAUUGGUCACAGCAACCAGUGGGAGGAGCAGAGGAAGGGGGUGAUGGGCCUUAUUGGGCACCACGAAGGAUGUUUCCAUAACCUUCUUCAGCGUCAGUCCAGAGAUCCCCUGACUGAACAGCUUAAAGACAAUAAGGAGUUUCUCCAAGCUCUGGGCCGAGGCCAAGCUACAGUCGCAGCCUUCAACGAGUUGUCCAAUCACCUUUUACGAGAGUAUUCUACCGAUGACACCAGGAGGAUCAAAGAGGUCGCAGAUAAACACAAUGCUGCCUGGAACAGCCUCAACAAUAGGGCCAAUGACCGUCACACGCAGCUGGACAGUGACCUGAAGGGCGUGCAAGUGUCUCUCAGGGAGCUCGAGUCCUUCCUCAAAUGGCUCCAGGAGGCUGAGACUACGGUCAACGUUCUCGCCGAUGCCUCCCAGAGGGAAGAUGUGUCGCAGGACUCCGCCCACGCGAAGGAGCUGAGGCGACAACUGGAGGACAUCCAGGCUGAGAUCGAUGCCCACAAUGACAUCUACAAGAGCGUCGACGGGAACAAGUCGAAGAUGGUUAAAGCGCUGGGCAGCUCAGAGGAGGCCGUGUUCCUCCAGCACAGGCUGGAUGACAUGAAUCAACGAUGGAGCGACCUGAAGACCAAAUCUGCCAACAUCAGAGCACAUCUGGAGGUGAGUGCUGAGCGCUGGUCUCGACUGCUGGGCCUUUUGGAGGAGCUGUGGAGGUGGAUCUGCAUGAAGGAUGAGGAGCUGGCGAAGCAGAUGCCCAUCGGAGGAGAUGUGCCCACUCUGCUGCAGCAGCAGAAUCACUGCACGGCGCUACGGUCAGAACUGAAGGAGCGCGAGCACUUGGUAAUCAGCACUUUGGACCAGGCGAGGACGUUUCUUGCUGAUCAGCCCAUUGAGGGUCCUGGAGAGCCACGCAAGAACCUGCAGCCAAAGACUGAUCUCACACCAGAGGAGAAGGCCCGAGGGUUGGCCCGGGCUAUCCGAAAGCAAUCUGGUGAAGUGAGGGAGCGGUGGGAGCGUCUGAAAGGGCACGUGGGCGGUUGGCAGAGUCAGGUGGAGCGAGCCUUGGAGCGACUCCAGGAGCUGCAGAGCUCCAUGGACCAGCUUGACCUGCGGCUGACUCGGGCAGAGGAGGCCAAAGCUACCUGGCAGCCUGUGGGCGAUCUGCUGAUCGACUCUCUGCAGGAUCACAUCGAUAGAACCACGGCCUUCAGAGAGGAGAUUGCCCCGUUGCGUCAGGACGUUCGAAUUGUCAAUGAGCUUUCUGCUGAGCUGACACCAUUGGACAUUCAGCUGUCAUCCACAGCCUCGAGACAGCUGGACCAGCUCAACAUGAGGUGGAAACUUUUGCAGGUGGCAGUGGAUGACAGACUGAAGCUCCUUCAAGAAGCCCACAGAGACUUUGGCCCCUCCUCCCAACAUUUCCUCUCCACAUCUGUACAGCUCCCCUGGCAACGUGCAGUUUCUCAGAAUAAGGUUCCUUAUUACAUCAAUCAUCAGACACAAACGACGUGCUGGGACCAUCCAAAGAUGACAGAGCUCUACCAAUCACUAGCGGACUUGAACAAUGUGAGAUUCUCAGCAUACCGAACAGCCAUGAAGAUUCGCAGACUACAGAAAGCACUGUGCUUGGACUUGCUGGACCUCAGCGUUGCCCAGAACACCUUUGAGCAGCAUAAACUCACCAAUAACAAUCAGCUGCUUACCGUUCCCGACGUCAUCAACUGCCUAACCUCUAUCUACGACGGCCUGGAACAGGAGCACAAAGACCUGGUUAACGUGCCUCUCUGCGUUGACAUGUGUCUCAACUGGCUGCUUAAUGUUUACGACACUGGUCGCAGUGGGAAGAUCCGGGUACUGUCUAUGAAGAUCGGCCUGCUCUCUCUCUCCAAGGGACACCUGGAGGAGAAAUACAAAUACCUCUUCAGCCAGGUGGCGUCAGCAGGUGACACGUGCGACCAGCGGCAGCUUGGACUGCUGCUUCAUGAAGCCAUCCAGAUCCCAAGACAGCUGGGCGAGGUGGCUGCCUUUGGAGGCUCCAACAUUGAACCUAGUGUUCGGAGCUGCUUCCAGCAUGUAAACAAUAAGGUGGAGCUAAAGCCCAGAGAGUUCAUUGACUGGAUGCGUCUGGAGCCUCAGUCCAUGGUUUGGCUUCCUGUCCUGCACAGAGUGGCUGCUGCAGAAACGGCGAAACAUCAGGCCAAGUGUAACAUCUGCAAGGAGUGUCCUAUUGUUGGCUUCAGGUAUCGCAGUCUGAAGCAUUUCAACUACGACGUGUGUCAGAGCUGCUUCUUUUCUGGGCGCACCGCCAAGGGUCACAAGCUUAACUACCCAAUGGUGGAGUACUGCACACCGACGACAUCAGGUGAGGACAUGCGUGAUUUCACCAAAGUGCUGAAGAACAAAUUCCGAUCUAAGAAGUACUUCGCCAAACAUCCACGGCUAGGUUACCUACCAGUACAGACGGUUUUAGAGGGCGACAACAUGGAAACUCCCGUCACCCUCAUCAGCAUGUGUCCGGAGCAGUAUGAGCUGUCCCAGUCACCUCAGCUCUCUCAUGACGACACCCAUUCCAGGAUAGGGCACUAUGCCAGCAGGUUGGCUCAGAUGGAACGCUCCAACGGCUCUCUGCCCACAGACAGCAGCUCAGCCACAGGAAGCAUGGAUGAUGAGCAUGCCCUGAUCCUGCAGUACUGCCAAACACUGGGGGGGGAGGCCUCUCCUUGCAGCCAGCCUCAGAGUCCUGCCCAAAUCUUACAGGCUGUGGAGAAGGAAGAGCGCGGCGAAUUGGAGAAAAUCAUAGCACGUCUGGAGGAGGAGCAGAGGACACUGCAGAGGGAGUAUGAGCAACUUAAGGAGCAACAUGGACAGCGAGGCACGCCUACAGGAAGCCCCUGGGAGACGGAGGGCCCCUCGGCCCACCCCGAUGAGGCAGAUCUUUUAGCUGAAGCCAGGCUGCUACGACAACACAAAGGCCGGCUGGAGACCCGCAUGCACAUCUUGGAGGAACACAACAAACAGCUGGAAUCUCAGCUUCAUCGCCUCCGACAGCUACUGCACCAGCCCGAUGUGGACUCGAGGGUAAAUGGAUUGUCCUCCCCCAUCGUGCAAGAUCGAGGGCCACUUACUGAAAACUCAGAUGAGCUGUUGGACUCCCAUAACAGCAGCUCUGACCUGGCAGAUGUAAUGGAGCAGAUUAACAACUCCUUCCCUGCAUGCAGUCCCUCAAGCCUCUCCUCGAGACCACAGAUGAUGUGAGGACUGACUGGAGGAUGGAGAGACCAUUCCCACACAAACAAAAUCCCCUGCCCCUAAAUCCCAAAGACGCACAGGAGCAGACAGCUUAACUACUUUUACCACCUUGUCUUGUACUAUGCAAACUGUAUAUUUUAUGAACUGUAGAUUGUACCGAAUUGAACAUUUGUCAGUGAUUUAUUUAGGUAUGCAGAUGAGUAUAUGGACACGGGGCUUUGUAUAGAUUUUUUUGUUUUGUUUUUCAGAGGGUGGUUGGGAUUUUGUUUGAAUUCUGUUGACUUAACUGGGAAUCAAACUGUUCCAUUUUUAUUUGUCAUUCCACUGCUUUGUACCAUCGAGCCCCGAAUAGCCCCAGACUUUUGUUAAAUGCUUGGGGAGCGCACACACUGCUCCCGGUGGCUGAAAGGAUCAUUUCCAAAAUGUAAACUAUCACCUCUCGGAUCACCUGGUUUGUUUUCCUAUCUAUCUCGUAGCAUGCUUGAUGUCAAGUUCCCCUUUAAAAAGCAUCGAUAUGCCGGCAGACUUUGUCUCAGCUGCGAUUUUGUUAAAGUAAACUUUUACCCCUUCUGUGCCUACAAAGUUUGUCGUUCCACACGUGGAAGACGGAGGUGAGAGUCGAUGUAUUAUUGUGGGAUUGUGUAAAAAUGGUUUUGGAAGUUUAAAUCUAAAGAUUUAAAUCUAAAGUUGUUUUGAAUCUGGGUUUAUGAAAGGCCCGCCGUUAUCAUGUAGAAUAGGUUUGGUUUGUUUUUUUAAAAGAGAUAUAUGUUCAGAAAUCAGAGGAAAGCCAUGAUUGCCUUGCUACCUCAGACUCAUAGACACAGUUUUGUUUUUGUGGUUCGUAAACUCGUCAAACAGUUGUGUGUUCAUUUACAACCAUGAGCAACCUGGUAUAGAUUUCUAAGCUUUAGCUCACUGUAUUGGUGUACACUGCAAUGAGGAGUUACCAAGUUUAAAAAAAGGAAAAAAAACAAGUUACUAUUACUGUACCACGAUGGGUCUGUGGCCUGCUGAAGCUAGCCUCCCGUUAUGAUGAGUAGUAUUUUAUCUGUUGCUGGGUUGUUUUGGGGGGUUUUUUCCACUGGCCUUCUAGCACUGGUCCCUCACUGCGUCGUGUUGUUGUGCUAUAUGCUACCCUGUAAAACUUGUGAGAUUGAACAACACUACUAUAACCUCUGACUGUAAACUGAUGGUGAUGAUGAUUUUAAUGAUCAUGAUGAACCGUACCAUGGCAGAACUGUGUCGCUUCUCCUGAGGUAUGUAAAAUAGAUGGACCACACUACAUGUAAUAUGGCUACGUUGUUUUAUUCAAAAUAAAAUUUUUAUAACAAGUA